AUCAACAGCGACAGGCAGAUACAACAGGAUAGAGAUUAACGGUGGGCUAACGGCGUUGGCUAGAAUGCCCUCUUCAUCGCUGGGAUCUGGUGUCCCAUCGUACAGUGAAGGCCGGGAUGGAAAGAAACGAACCGCCCGGGCAUGCGACUCGUGCUACAAGAGAAAGAUUAAAUGCGAUGCAGUGCUCCCCAGAUGUAACUGGUGUAGCCACCAUAAUAUCCCGUGCACGUUUGAGAGAAGCGUCCGGGGCCGACGCAAAGAGAAUGACAAUGACGGAUCGAAUAAGACUGCCCAGGACCAGAGAACUUCUGCCCUCGUGGAGCGUCUUUUGCGGAUCGAGAAGAUCCUGACGGAGAACUUUGGAACGAGACAAGGGAGCCAGCUUGGUUCCAGCGCCCCUCUCGAACCCCUGACGGCCUCGUCGUCGGCUCUGAAUUUUGCGGGCCGCGAGUUCGGCGUGGUGAGCUUGAUCACCGGCAUUCCCUUCUUCCUACCAGAGGGCCAGCAAUGGGUGCAGUCGCGGACAGGCCAAUCGACGGCGUUUGCCAACCUCAGCGCGGUGCAGUUUCCCUGGGGCAAGCAGCGCAGCCUGGGCGUCAACAUGCUGCUGCAGGAGAUGAAGGCGCCAGACCCCUUCGAGCUGCCGGACAAGAGUCUCGUCACGGACUAUUUCCGUCUGUACUCCUCGUCGCAGAUGCGGGUCAUCUUCCCCGUCGUGGACCGGGUGCUGUUCGCUCAAACCAUCGAGACGGCGUACAGCUCGGGCCUGGAGAGGCCGGGCCUGCGCGCUUCCAUCUUUGCGUUCCUGGCCUUUGCGUCGGUCGUGUGUGACGAAGACCCGUGUCUCAAGGACUUGUAUCCUCAGCGGCCGGCGCUGGACAGUGAGCCGUAUGCAAUCAAGGCCCAGUGGCUGGUUCCUUUCAUCCUGCAGGAGGGUACGACCCUCGACGGGCUACAGACAUUCGUUAUGCUGACAUUCUUCGAGCUGGUCUCCGGCCAUAUGAACCCCGCGCAUCAUUACGGCGGGUUGGCAGGGCGCUUCCUGUUCUCGCUCAACGCUCAUACGACUUCCCAUACGUCGAGCAUGCUGGGGACAGUACUGCCGGACGACAUGACGACGCGGACGCAGCGACACCUGCGGAACGUGUUCUGGCUCUUCUACACGCUGGACAAGGACCUCGCGCUGCGGACGGGCUUGCCGCAGAUCCUGUCGGACGAGAACUGCGACCUGACGAUGCCGUCCGGCUACGUGGAGAAGCUGUACACGAGCAUGAGGUAUCCGCAUCUGACGCCCGAGCUGCCAGAGGACCCUCUGUUCCCGAUCGACCUGCGCCUGAGCAUCAUCAAGUCCCGGGCGUACAGCGCGCUGUACUCGUUCCGCGCGAUGCAGAAAUCCGACGCCGAGAUCCUCAAGGCCAUCCGCGAGCUGGACGACGAGCUCGAGCGCUGGCGUCUGUCCAUCCCCAUGGCAUGGCGGCCCACCAUGUCCUGGUCGCCCGAGACCGGCGCAGACCCGUACAUGAGCAUGCACUCGGUCAAGCUUCGCCUCAACUACCACCUGUGCAUGACCGUGAUCCAUCUCUCGAGCAGACGGUGCCAGGGCGGCGCGGGAACAGGGCUGAUCGGCCAGGGCAUCAGCUCCAGCCUCGCCCUCUCUGUCGAAGCCAGUCGGUCCACCCUCUUCUACCUCAACGCCGCAGAGCAUAUCCUCACCGACGGCUUCUUCUGGGUCCUCCUCUUCUACCCCAUGUCCGCUCUCCUGACCAUCUUCUGCCACACCCUCCAGAACCCGCUCGACCCGCACGCCCUCGGCGACCUCGACCUCCUGCAGACCGUGGGUGCCAUGCUGCAGCGCGUCUUUAUGCGCGAUCUCUCCUCCACGAAUGAGAUCGUCCAUAUCAAGCUCAUCGCGGAUUUUGUCGGCGAACUGCACAGACUCGCCAAGUCGGCCAUUGACAAAGCCAGGACCGAGCGUUACGAUACAAUGGUAUAGUUACGAUACAACCAUAUAUUUAUUGUCCGACUCGCGGAGGUACGCUGUGUAGGUAUACGGCCAUGGAGAAUAGGUAUAAAUCUUCAUUAUAUGUAGUAUUGAUUCUAUACUAUGAUAAGACCUAGCCUUCAUGUUAGCUGGCAAUUGCAUUAAUGGAUGCAAAAAUGAUCAAUUCAA